GAAAGACUGAUCAAACUCCAACUUAAGUCUUCGAGAGAUACACAAGACUAGCUCUAAAACGAGUGUUUGUGAGGAGAGAGAAGAGAUGGACUUCGAUCUGAACCAGAGAGCGGCAUCUCCAAAGCCCAGCUAUGCGAGUGAUGCAUCCAUGGGACAACCCAUUUAUUUCAGUGCUGAAACAGCCUUGAUGAGCAGUAGAAGAAAGAGAAAAAGAAGAGCAUCUGCAGGGCACAUAUAUCAGCCUCCUGAUCUAAGUGAUGGAUCAAUGACCUUUGAACCCAGAGAUUGUCAGACCAGAGACUGGCAGAAGGAAUCUUGCCAAAAAGUAGAUGAUAAACUACAGAGAGUUAAAGACCAACACAAAACUAACAUGAAGAAUAAGUAUGAGAGAUUAUGUGAGGGAUUUAAACUACAAGAUAAUAAGACCUUCCUAAACAGGAUAUACACACAGCUCUACAUCAUAGAGGGAGAAAACGAAGGGGUGAAUGAAGAACAUGAGGUUUUACAGAUGGAGAAAACAAAACACUCACAAGACACCUUGAUCAACUGUAAUGACAUCUUUAAAGCCUCACCUGAACCAGGAUGUGAGGAGAAGAAAACUAAGAAGAAGAGAAAGAAAAACCAGAUUAAGACUGCUCUUACCAAAGGCAUCGCUGGAAUCGGAAAAACCGUCUCUGUGCAGAAGUUCAUUUUGGACUGGGCAGAAGGAAAAGCCAAUCAGGAUGUGGACUUCAUGUUUGUGCUUCCUUUUCGAGAGCUGAACUUGAUUAAAGAUCAUCAGUACAAUCUUCACAGACUUCUGCUGGACUUUCAUCCUGAACUUCAUGACGUGGACUCAAAGAUUUAUGAGGAGUGUAAAGUUGUGUUCAUCUUUGAUGGUUUAGAUGAAAGCAGAAUCUCACUGAUGCUUUCAGAAGCUUCUGAAAUUUCUGUGACUAAGACUUCAUCAGUAAGUGUGUUGAUAUCAAAGCUCUUGAAAGGAGAAAUACUUCCCUCUGCUCUCAUCUGGAUCACCUCAAGACCAGCAGCAGCCAAUCAGAUCCCCUCAAAAUACAUCAAUCGUGUGACAGAAGUUCAGGGAUUCAAUGUGCCUCAGAAGGAGGAAUAUUUCAGGAAGAGAAUCAGUGAUGAGCAUCAAGCCAGCAGAAUCAUCUCCCAUAUCAGAAAAUCAAGAAGCCUCCACAUCAUGUGCCACAUCCCUGUCUUCUGCUGGAUCUCAUCCACUGUUCUUCAAAACUUCCUAAAACAAGAUAUCAGUGCGAAUAUCCCUCAAAACCUGACUGAAAUGUACAUUCACUUCCUGCUCACUCAAAUAAACAUGAAGAACCAGAAGUAUAAAGAGAGAGAUUCAGGAAAACUCCAGGAGUCCAACAUAAAAGUGAUUGUGAAACUUGCUGAACUGGCCUUCGAACAGCUGAUGAAGGGCAAUGUUAUGUUCUAUGAGGAGGACCUGAUUGAGAGCGGCAUAGAUGUCACUGACGCCUCAGUGUAUUCUGGGAUUUGCACUGAGAUUUUUCGUGAGGAAUCUGUGAUUCACCAGAAGAAAGUCUACUGCUUCAUUCAUCUGAGCUUUCAAGAAUUUCUGGCUGCUUUCUAUGUGUUUUACUCACAUCUGUUUAAAAAAAUGGAACCGCUGAAGUUGUUUCUGAAUGACAGACUUGAGAUGUACAGAUCUGGAAAAAGCCCUUUGUGUGAGCUGCUAAAGUCAGCAGUUAAAAAAACGUGUCAAAGUAAAAACGGACACCUAGAUCUUUUUUUGCGGUUCCUGCUGGGAAUUUCGCUGGAGAACAAUCAGAGAGUCUUACAGGCUCUUUUGACAUGCACAGAGAAUAGCUCCAACACCAUCAAAAUAAUAAAAAAACACAUUAAAAACAUAAUCAAGAGAAAUGAUCGUCUUUCAGCUGAACGAUCUAUCAAUCUUUUCUACUGUCUGCUGGAAGUUAAAGAUCAGACUCUUUACAGAGAGAUUCAGCGUUUUGUGAAAUCAGACAAACACUCAGAGAAGAAACUGACUCUCGGUCACUGUUCAGCCAUUGCCUGGAUGCUUCAGAUGUCAGAGAAGAUGCUGGAUGAGUUUGAUCUCACAAAAUAUAAUACAUCAUCCGAGGGAAAACAGAGACUGUUGCCUGCUGUGAUAAACUGCAAAAAAGCUGUACUUGCUGGAUGUGGUCUCUCUUAUCGGCACUAUGAAAGUUUGUCUUCUGCUCUACAAUCAUCAGACUCCCAUCUGAGAGAGCUGGAUCUGAGUAACAAUGAUCUGCAGGAUUCAGGAGUGAAGCUGCUCUCUGCUGCACUGAAAAGUUCAAACUGUCAAGUGAACAUACUGAGAUUGGUCAGCUGUAAUCUCACUGGUCAGUGCUGUGAAAGUUUGUCUUCAGUUCUACAGUCAUCAAAAACCCAUCUGAGAGAGCUGGAUCUAAGUAACAAUGACCUGCAGGAUUCAGGAUUAAAGCUGCUCUUGGCUGGACUGAAAUGUUCAAAGAUUCGACUGAGCAUACUGAGGCUGUCUGGCUGUAUGGUGACAGAGAAAGGCUGUUGUUAUUUGUCUUCAGCUCUAAGUUCAAACUCUCUACACCUGAGAGAGCUGGAUCUGAGCUACAAUCAUCCUGGAGAUUCAGGAGUCAAGCUGCUCUCUGAAAAACUGAAGGAUCCAAACUGCACACUGGAAAAACUCAAUGUGGAUCACGGAGGAGAGUUGAGAAUUACAACAGGUCUCCACAAAUAUUCCCAUUUUCUCACACUGAAUCCAAACACAGCAAACCCUCUUCUCAUUCUAUCUGAAAGGAACAGAAAGGUGACACGUGUGAAUAAAGAACAGUCAUAUACUGAUCAUCCAGAAAGAUUUGAUCUAUGUUAUCAGGUUCUAUGUAGAGAACGUCUUUCUGGGCGCUGUUACUGGGAAGCUGAAUGGAGGGGGCAUACUGUCAUAUCAGUAACAUAUAAAGAAAUCGUCAGAAAAGGACAGAGUCGUGACUGUUGGUUUGGACGAAAUAAAAAUUCCUGGAGUCUUGUCUGCUCUGAUGAAGGAUUAAUUGCACGUCACAAUGACAUUUCCACUGACAUACAUGUCCCCUUACGUUCCACUAAAGUAGUAGGUGUGUAUUUGGACAGGUUGGCUGGCAGAUUGUCCUUCUACAGCAUCUCUAACACUAACACACUCACACACUUACACACAUUCAGCUCCGCAUUCACUGAAUCUCUGUACGCUGGAUUUGGGGUUUAUGAUUUGUCAGUGUGUUUGUGUAGCCGUAAAGCAACACCUUAGCACCUAGGUACCUCAGCAACCACAUAGCAACACCCUAAAAACCUACCCUUAGCUACCACAUACAAACCGCUCAGAGUAUCCUAGCAACCACAUAGCAACAUCACUACAACUCCCUUCAGGUAUCCUAGCAGUCACGUAGAAACACCCUAGUAACUUUCUUUGGUACCCUAGCAACUAUCUUUGCAACCAACCAAUUAUACAGUGCAUUGAUGCAGUGUAAUAAUUAUUAAUAACUGGGAUAGUUUUUUUUUUACUUCUGCAACUUUGAGAACUUAUAGGUCAAUAUUUAUGUACAGUUCUAACUGUAAUAAUUUAGUGAUAUGUUUUUUUAACACUUCUGGCACCUUUUUUUUUAAUGAAACUUUGUAUAAAGAUGAUUCUCAACUAUGUUAUUACAGAAUAAUUUGAUACACCAUUUCUCUUUCUACUAAAUGCAUGUAAAAUAGUCAGAAAUGUAUCUAUAUCUUUAAGGGGCAACAUGUAGUGAAAAAAAUAAGUGUAAUCAUUUACAAGAUUUUCAUAGUAAUAUAUAAUAUUUCAAAAACAUACUGGAAUAUAAUUUCUUUCUGUAUUCACUUUUCUGUCUCCCAAAAUGCAUAAUAAACAAGCCUCAUGAAGUCCUGUUUCGUAAUAGAAAGUAUAUUUUGAACUGAAACCCUAAAACAUUUUCCUGAGAUGUUGAUUUAUGACACAUAAUUAAAAAAUUUGUGUCAAAAAUUUGUGUUAAAAAUAUUUAAAUAAUAAUUACAAAAUAUUAUCAUAUUUCCAUAGGAGUGUCACAAAAUGUAUGAUUACGCAUUUAAAAAACAAAAAGAGGGAGUGGUCACGAUCAAACAUCCAAUCAUUUGGUAUCUUUGAAAAGCUGAAUGUGCUCAGGACAUCCAGACUUAAAACUCUGGCUUAUAUAGUCUCAGAGAAAUACACAAAAAUGUUAUUUAUUAUUAUUGACAAAAUAGAUUUUUACUUUAUUGUAAAAUAGCAGUUACACAUAAAUGAAAACGCUUGAAGUAAUUAUAUUGCAUUGUAAAAUAAAAUGUCAGUAUAGUAACUAUCACAUCUCUGGACUCUGUUAUUGUUUUUGUCUUGUGCCACGUGCUGUCUGUGCCCUACCUUCCCUUUGUGUGAAUUGUAUAUUGUCUUCAGCUGUGUCUCAUUAGUUUGGUCAAUUACUUUGCAUAUUUAAGUCCUGUGUGUUUGUCUUGAGUUGGUCCGAUCGUUGAGGUUACCUAUGUGGUUUAGGUUCUGCCUGCCUGCCUGCCUGCUUGCUUGUAUAUGUUUUUUUCCCCGUUAAGAAGAUUAAA